CAACUUUUUGUUCAAUCAACAAAAAUUCAAAUUUCCUGUAUAUAAUUUCUGCUAACAAAAAAUUGAAGUAUCACCAAAAACUAAUUACGUAUUCGAUCAGGGAAGGUUUAAGAUAUAUAUCAAAGUAUUUAAUUGAAAGGGAUCAUACCAUUAUAUCGGGGUUUAUAAGAGUUCAAUAUAGAUGAGAGUACUAAGAAAUAUCACCAAUGGUCGAAUUAUACUGAUUUUCAUAGUGUUUCUAUGUUUCAUAGUGCCGUAUAUUGCAGCCUACCAACAAUAUUGUAAAUGUGAAUGUAAUUCAAAUUCAAUUAUCACAGCUAUAGAGAAAUGUGGUUUGUGUACGAAGGAUUUCUGUCUAGAACAAGAUAGUAAGAUAUGUGCUUCAAAAGAUGAUGGUGGUAAAGUAAGCGUUAUAGGUGAUUAUGAAGAUGAUGAGAGAUCGGAGGUGGAAAAUAAUAUUAUCAUUAGUUGUUUCCAAACUGAAUCUACUAAAGAUGCCUUUAUAAUAUAUUUAUUCCUUGCCAUUAUAGUUGGUUUAUUGGGUUAUUCCCUAUAUAAGACUUAUCUUUUCAGGCAAUUAUAA